AUGAGUGAACACAAUCAAUCAAGGAACUCAAGGCAAAUCUACCUCCCGAAAAACCGUACAUCCAGUGAACCAAGCGCUGGUGAAAGUCCGGGCAGAUGCCAUGGCAAAAUUCGUCGGUUUCUAGGGAAGGUUAAGAAUGCAACUAAAUGGAUUUCUCACUCGAAGGAUUCAAGCAGCCAUGACCCUGUUCUCUCGAACAUUGAUUGUGAAGGUGCUUCAUCAAUGCCGAAUAUCAAAGAUCUGGAUGCUCCCUCUGGUGUGGAACAAGGUGCCGGUCCCCAAUUAGCACUUCAGACCGCCAAACAGGCUGUAAAACUCAUCAAACCACCUUUGAGACACACAACAUCUACAGCGUCUACCGCCCAAAAUACACCAGCGGGUCUCGAGGCUGCAUAUAAUUUCCAGGAUACAUAUCUUCAACCCCUCAGGAUAUUCGACAAGAUUACUCUGCACUCGAGUUCAGCGGUGCCUCAGCAGCAACCCUAA